AUGGACGGCCAACGGAAGUCCGAGGAGCGCAAGGACGCCGUGCCUCCUCGCAGCAACGGCAAAGAGCCAUCCAUGUCGUCCAGAAUAGCUGCCUCGGCUUCAGGCCUCGCCAAAGACAUGCUCGGGAAUGCAAGCGCCGACGAAGCCCAGUCAGCCUUCGCCUCAGGAUCUGGACUCUCCAGGAAGCUUCAGAGCAGCACCGCAGCCGCAGGGCCUUCGACCUGGUCGCAAAUGCUGCCGUCCAGGCAGAACGGGUCGUCAUCACGUGCAAGCAAUGGGAGCGGUGAAAGCUUCAGGUCUCAGGAGGGGUUCCGGUCCAGUUCGACCCAGCACGGCUCGGAGGAGUCUCAUUUCGAACUUGACGUGGCCGGCAUUGACUUCCCGGACUUUACUUUCGACGAGUUCCUCGGGGUCGACCGUAAGGAGGAGAAACGUGCGGCACAUUGGGCCCGGGAUUUUCAAAACGAUGAAAAGGAAGGCUACCACCCCCAAGAAGCAAAAUUUGAGCUGGGGUUCGCCUCUAACGGACAUGUUGAAUACGACGACGGUGCUGAAGUCCGGUUACUGCUUGCCGAUCCCGCCUUCUCCGCCGAAGAUGCGGCAGACUCGCUGAUGGCGGAUCCCACGCCAGAGACGGUCAAUGACCUUUUCAGCCAAGACUUCUCCACCGAGGAGAAGGAAAUAGUUGACAAGAUCAAGUCGACCCUUCCUGCGCCACCACAGCACAACCGAGUCUCGCCGGAGAACCCGUUGAACCUCCGCCCGGAAUUCGCCUCGUUGUCCGCAUCCAAUCCGCAGCUGGAGGAAGAGAUCAGAGAGCUGUCCAGAACGCUGGGGUCUGGAGAGGAGGGCGUCAUGGCAUUCACCAAGGCGCAGCGGCAACACUGGUUGGCUGAAUGGGACGAUGUGCUCAACAGCUACACGGAUGAAGUCUGGGGAGAAAUGCUGCCGGUGGUCAAGGCGGCUCGAAGCCAGCUCGAGGAAGUCAAGACAGGGAUGGAUCGCCUUGAUAGUAAGGCUGUAGCGCGGCUGAGGAUGAUCCUGGGCCACGUGGUGGAGACGAAGCAAACGACCUCAUCCAUUCAACAGUACGCAGUACAGCCGCCGUUGCAAGACGACAGCGAAUGGCAGGUUCCAACGUUCCACUGCCCGUACGUCAGCUGUCAUGAGCGAUUCCGCAACGAGGCCGAACUACGGACGCACUCGCAGCAGCACGGCAGCUAUUCGUGCCCGCAUUUCGACUGCGGCGCCCGGUUCGAAGAGGCCAAGGAAUGGGCAGACCACAUCAACCGCUCCCACCAUGGCCUCCUGAAAACCGAAGACGAGGAUGUGGGCGUGUAG